AAAAAAAAUUAAAGAAAGAAAUCUCCGCCUCUUCGAACUCUCACAUUUUCGUUCAAACGUAUUAAUCGACGCAGGCCUUUCCCCUCUCGUCUUCCUUGGACUGGAAGAGCAGCGACCUCUAAUUUCCCCUCUUCCUCUUGUCCUGCUUUGUCUCGAAUUCAAAUAGAAUAGCCUUAGAUCUGAGGGCUUGUGGGAGGUACGGCAGUCUUGGCGUCUUGUCCAGCGGGUUCGAUCGGGCUCUAUCGUCUUUUUUGGGGGCUGUAAGAUCCAGAUCUUUGCAGUAGGUUCUGCCGGCCGGUCGUCGGUGAGCGCUAUGGAGGCCAUGGAUGAGUUGAUCCAGCUGUCCGAGUCCAUGAUGCAGGCCUCUGCUCUCCUCGCGGACGAGGAAAUCGACGAAAAGUCUCCUUCCCGCCGUACUUCCACCUUUCUUAAUGUCGUCGCGCUUGGAAAUGUCGGUGCUGGGAAGUCUGCAGUUUUGAAUAGCUUGAUCGGACAUCCGAUUCUGCCAACUGGAGAGAACGGAGCCACUAGGGCGCCCAUCAGCAUAGACCUUCAGAGAGAUAACUCGCUAAACAGUAAAUCCAUAAUUCUGCAGAUUGACAGCAAAUCCCAGCAGGUUUCUGCAAGUGCUCUUAGACAUUCUCUUCAAGAUAGACUCAGCAAGGGCUCUGGAAAAAGUCACGGAGACGAGAUCUAUCUGAAGCUACGAACUAGCACAGCUCCUCCAUUAAAAUUAAUUGAUCUUCCUGGAUUAGAUCAGCGAGCAAUGGAUGAGUCUGUGACGACUGAUUAUGCCGCACGCAAUGAUGCAAUUUUGCUAGUAGUAGUUCCUGCUGCCCAGGCCCCUGAAAUUUCUUCCUUGCGAGCUCUCAGACUGGCUAAGGAAUUUGAUGCUGAAGCAACCAGAACAGUUGGGGUUAUUAGUAAGAUUGAUCAAGCUGCUGGAGACCAAAAAGCUAUUGCCGCUGUUCAGGCCCUUCUACUUAACCAGGGUCCUCCAAGAGCAUCUGAUAUUCCAUGGGUUGCUCUAAUUGGCCAGUCUGUUUCUAUCGCUUCAGCACAAGCUGGAUCAGUUGGCUUGGAGAACUCUCUUGAAACAGCGUGGCGAGCUGAGGCUGAAAGUCUAAGAUCUAUACUGAAUGGAGCUCCACAAAGCAAACUUGGUAGAGUAGCUUUGGUUGACACCCUUGCCAAACAGAUACGUGGCCGGAUGAAGCUGAGGCUUCCCAAUCUGCUAUCUGGGCUUCAGGGUAAGUCACAAAUUGUGCAUAAUGAGUUGUUUAGACUUGGUGAGCAAAUGGUAAAUAGCACUGAAGGAACCAGGGCCAUUGCUUUGGAGCUUUGUCGAGAGUUUGAGGACAAGUUCCUCGAGCAUAUUACCUCUGGUGAGGGUGGGGGUUGGAAAGUUGUUGCUAGUUUUGAGGGCAACUUCCCUACCAGGAUCAAGCAGCUUCCACUGGACAAGCACUUCGAUAUUAAUAACAUUAAGAGGAUUGUGCUGGAAGCUGAUGGUUAUCAACCAUAUCUUAUUUCUCCAGAGAAAGGUCUAAGAUCUUUAAUUAAAGGAGUUCUGGAACUUGCUAAAGAACCUUCUCGCCUUUGUGUUGAUGAGGUGCAUCGUGUUUUGGUAGAUAUAGUAUCUGCAGCUGCAAAUGCUACACCAGGACUGGGACGAUAUACUCCAUUUAAGCGUGAGGUUAUUGCAAUUGCUUCAAAUGCUUUAGAAAAUUUUAGAAAUGAGGCGAAAAAGAUGGUGGUUGCAUUAGUUGAUAUGGAGCGUGCUUAUGUUCCUCCUCAACACUUUAUCCGCUUGGUGCAAAGAAGGAUGGAUAGGCAACGCCGUGAAGAAGAACAGAAGACUCGUUCCUCUAAGAAGGCUCAGGAUGCUGAACAAGCUUUACUAAACAGAGCAACAAGUCCUCUGCCGGAUUCCCAACAAUCAGGUGCUAACUUGAAGUCAAUGAAAGAGAAGUCCGGUUCUGACAAAAAUAAAGACGCAAAAGAGGGGUCAAGUUUGCAAGUUGUUGGGCCUGAAGGAGAGAUAACGGCAGGAUUCCUGUUGAAAAAAAGUGCAAAGACAAAUAGCUGGAGCAGGCGUUGGUUUGUUUUAAAUGAAAAGAGUGGCAAGCUUGGAUACACUAAGACGCAAGAGGAAAAACAUUUUCGUGGUGUCAUCACUUUAGAGGAAUGCAACAUUGAAGAUGCAUUGGACGAGGUAGAACCUCCUAAAAGUUCAAAGGAGUCAAAAAAGGCAAAUGGACCAGAUCCUAAAGGUUCAACGCUUGCUUUUAAGAUAACCAACAAAGUUGAAUAUAAAACUGUUAUGAAAGCCCAUAGUGCUGUUAUUUUGAAGGCUGAGAGCUUAAGUGACAAAAUUGAGUGGGUAAAUAAGAUGCGAAGUAUUGCUCAACCCAAGGGAGUUCCUCCCAAAGGUACGCUAGGCUCUCAUGUUGGACCUAUGAGGCAAAACCAUUCAGAUGGGUCACUGGACGCAAUGGUCAGGAAACCUGCUGAUCCAGAAGAGGAGCUUCGAUGGAUGUCUCAAGAGGUCCGUGGUUAUGUUGAAGCUGUUUUGAACAGUGUUGCUGCAAAUGUCCCUAAGGCUAUUGUGCUUUGUCAAGUGGAGAAGGCAAAGGAAGACAUGUUAAACCAAUUAUAUAGUUCUGUGAGUGCCCAGAGCACAUCUAAGAUUGAAGAACUGAUCCAAGAAGACAAAAAUGUCAAGCAGAAGAGAGAAAAAUUUGAAAGACAGUCAUCCAUUCUUUCAAAGCUUACUCGUGCACUUAGCAUCCAUGACAAUCGAGUGGCUGCUGCUUCAUGGUCUGAUAGUAACUCAGGGGCAGAGAGCAGCCCAAGUGCCACAGCUACCGCUGGUGAUGACUGGAGAUCUGCAUUUGAUGCAGCAGCAAAUGGGCCAUCAUCUCUUGAGUCAUCAAGAUCCAACAGCAGAAAUGGCCAUGGCCGGCGAUAUAGUGACCCAGCAGAAAAUGGCGAUGUAAACUCCGGUUCCAACUCCGGCCGCCGUCGCACUCCAAACCGGAUGGCUCCUCCCCCACCACCACCUCAGUCCAAUUCAAUGUAUAAAUACUAGGCAGCGCUUGAUGAUCUGAUCUGAUUGGGUAUAUUCAUGUUGGGUGCACCACUCCUCUUUUGCUUGUGAUGUCUUUCCUUCUAGCUUUCACAGUGGACAUCAUCAAUCCUUCAGGAUCAUACAUACAGAGAUCAUUAUAGUUUUGUCCAUCAGAAGGCUUUAAUGUGUGCCCUAAAUUUAGUCUUAGCGUUUUUGUUAGGUUGUGAUUUUUAGCACUAUUACUGUUUUUUUUUUUUUCUGCUCAUUGAAAUUCUGUAUGAGAUUUAUUGUUAUAUAUAAUUCAUUCUUUUUUUUACUGA